AUGCUCAACAAUGGGGUUCACCUCAACCGUAUCCACAAUGAGGCACACCACCAAAUGCACAACAAUGGGGCAUACUACCAAAUGUGGAACAAUGGGGCACACCCCCAUAUGCUCAACAAUGGGGGCUUCAACCGAACUUUCAACCUUAGGUUUCACCAUCAAACUUUCACGCAAGAGUUACGAUCACAAGGCAUCCACAACCUAAGUUACGAAGAGAGAAUUGAAUUGUGGAAUUUGGAAAAUGAGCAAUUUAUGGAGUUAAUAAUUCAGCCAAGUUUGCAUCAUCAAUAUUUUAAAAGAGCACCAGAACUAACAGACCGAGGUUUGGAUUGGGAAAAUAUUUGGCCUCGACUACAACAAGAUGCUAGGGCUUAUCUUCAGUUACUGCGAAUGUCAAUGCCAUGUUUUAUAAUGUUCUGUGAUACGCUACAAAAAAAUUACGGUCUUCAACCAACAUUAAAUAUGAGCAUUGAAGAAAGUGUGGCUAUAUUUUUACGGAUAUGUGGGCACAAUGAAGUUCAAAGAGAUGUUGGUUUGAGAUUUGAUCGAAAUCAAGAAACUGUACAAAGAAAAUUCAUUGAAGUUCUUAAGGCUACUGAAUUACUUGCAUGUCAUUAUAUUAGAACUCCAACAAGAGAACACCUUGGCAGAAUUCCAGAAAGACUUAUACAAGAUCGAAGAUAUUGGCCAUAUUUCAGUGGAUUUGUUGGAGCUAUGGAUGGAACUCAUGUAUGCGUAAAAGUGAAACAAGAAUUACAAGGAAUGUAUUGGGAUCGACAUGAUAAUCCAUCCUUGAACAUCAUGGCAAUAUGUGAUUUGAAUAUGUUAUUCACAUAUAUUUGGAAUGGAGCACCAAGAUCAUGCCACGAUACAUCAGUUUUGACAAUGGCACAACAAAGUGACUCUGAGUUCCCUUUGCUGCCACCAGAAAAAUAUUAUCUUGUUGAUUCUGGUUAUCCAAACAAACAAAGAUUUGUGGCUCCAUAUAUAUCAUCACGAAACAGAGUUGUGAGAUAUCAUAUGGCUCAAUUCAAUUUUGGUCCUGCUCCUCGGAAUAAACAAGAACUCAUUGUUGUUUCUAAGUAA